CGCCGAUGAAAUGCGCAGGCGUCAGGCUGAGGCCGUCCCUGAGUUUCACGCAUGCGCGCAGUACACAGAAGCCUUUGAAAACGUCGGUUGCAGGUUAAAAAUGACAAGGAAUUUCUCUACGGGAAUCUCGAACACAACACGCCAGAUUUGCUGUCUUUGUCCAGAUAUUUAAGAAGCGGAGCAAGGGAAUCACUCGAUCAUCCUUCCUGCUCAGACUGUGGGGAGGGAUUCACUCGAUCAUCCUUCCUGCUCAGACUGUGGGGAGGGAUUCACUCAAUUGUCCGACCGACUGGCACGCCUGUCAUUUUACAAAGGGGGAGCCCAUUCCCCUGCUCAGACAGUGGGAAUGGAUUCAGUCGGUCUUCUCAACUAAAGGUACAUCAGCAAGUUCACACUGGGCAAGGCCACUCACCUGUUCUGUGAUUGAGAAGCGAUUCAGUUGGUCAACCCACACGUGGACACACCAGUCAGUUCACACUGGGCAGAGGCUGGUCAUCCACUGAAUUUGUGGGGAAGGAUUCACUCGGUCAUCUGUCCUAAUGGCUCACCAGAGAGUUCACACUGGGAAGCAGCCAUUCACCUGCUCGGACUGUGGGAAGGGAUUCACAUACUCAUCUAAACUGAAGGUACAUCAGCGAGUUCACACUGGGUAUAAGCCAUUCACCUGCUCAGAAUGUGGGAAAGGAUUCGCUCAGUCAUCCGAACUACGGAGUCAUGAACGAGUUCACACUGGGGAGAAGCCGUUCAGCUGCUCAGUCUGUGGGAAGAGUUUCACUUUGUCAUCUCUCCUACUGAGGCACCAGUCAGUUCACACUGGGGAGAGGCCAUUCACCUGCUCAGACUGUGGGAAGGGAUUCACUCGAUCAUUCUCCCUACAGAGACACCAGUCAGUUCACACUGGGGAGAAGCCAUUCAGCUGCUCAGACUGUGGGAAGGUAUUCACUGAGUCAUCCCACCUACUGGUACACCAGUCAGUUCACACUGGAGAGAGGCCAUUCACCUGCUCAAUCUGUGGGAAGGGAUUCAUUCAGUCAUCUCAUCUACAGAUACACCAGCGAGUUCACACUGGGGAGAGGCCGUUCACCUGCUCAGUCUGUGGGAAGGGAUUCACCCGGUCAUCCCAUCUACAAGCACACCAGUCAGUUCACACUGGGGAGAAGCCAUUCACCUGCUCUGUCUGUGGGAAGGGAUUCACUCGGUCAUCCACCCUACAGAGUCACCUGCAAGUUCACCCUGGAGAGAGGCCAUUCACCUGCUCAGACAUUGGGAAAAGAUUCAGCCAAAUCCAAUGAAUGUGCAUCGUUGAGUUCACACUGGGGAGAAAGUUUCGAUAAGCUGCAUGCUGGAUAAUUGUCCAUCUCUGUUGCUGAAUGCAAUUUCAAGAGUGACUGUUGGUGCUGAACUCUGCAAUUAUUGCUGCUGCUCACCACACCCAGUUCUGCACCCUGGUCACUGGACAUGGGAGGAGUUUCUUCUGCUGCACAUUCACCUUUAAUGGGACUGGUGUUUAGUACUCUGGAUCUGAGAGAAAUAAAUCCGUUAAUUUUAAA